UGCUUCUCCUCGCUUGACAAGAGCUGCGCUUGGAGGAGACCCUCACGCUUCUGCUGUUCAGCUUUGAGCGCUCGCUCGCUCCGCACGUUUGUGAGCACAGCGCCGAUGAGCACGCCGACGACGACAGCGACGCUCAGCUGCUUCUGCUGUUCAGCUUUGAGCGCUCGCUUGCUCCGCACGUUUGUGAGCACAGCGCCGAUGAGCACGCCGACGACGACAGCGACGCUCAGCUGCAGCAGCAGCAGCGUUGACGCGAAGGACUGUGCACGGUCAUUGCUUGGCUGCGUGACAGGUGUGGCACUGCGAGGCGAUCUAUCGGCGGCGAGGAGGAGUGAACGAGGCAGGAGAGUCGCAGCGAGAUCGAGGUAUAAUGAUGUAGAUGAAGCACGCGUGCCGCAGAAGAGGUUGAGGUGAAGGAGAAGAGGUUGAGGUGAAGGAGAAGAGGUUGAGGUGAAGUGGAGGGAGGGAGGGCGACAGAGCGCAGCACGGGCAGGA